UCUAUACCUCUUAAACGUAGAUGCACCAUGGUUUCAGAGGCUGCAGUAGAGGCAGCGGGAGGAGCAGUGGGGGCAUCCAUCGCUCUCGCUGCGACCUACCCGUUGGCCAUUGUAUCAACAUGGCAGGCCCUAGAACAUUCGCAACGGCUAGAUCUAAUAUCUGCGGAACUCCGAAGGAAAUACGCUUUCCUCCCAUCGCCAAUACGAGAGCUCUUUAUCUAUGCUGAGUCAAGGGGUCUGCGCGCGCUGUUUGCCGGACUAAGGCCUUGCCUGGCAGCAACAGCUAUAUCGCAGGCGGUUUACUUUUACCUGUACUCCUCUCUGCGCCAAGCAAUCGUGGCCCACCGGCGAGCAGCCCAGGCGCAACACCUCCAAACCCAGCCCGCCCCACCCUCCUCCUCCUCCUCCUCUCCUUCCCCUGCCGCCUCCCCUUCCGCUGCAGCGCCCCGCAGCAGCCCCCCAAGUGGCGGCGGCAGCAGCCGCAACGAGGCCAUCGGCGUGGUGGGGUCGCUGGUGGUGGCGGGGUUGGCGGGGUGCGGUAACGUGCUGGCAACCUCGCCGGUGUGGGUGGUGGCCACGCAGCUGCAGGCGCAGCAGCGGCACCUGAGUGCGGACCAGCGGCCCAGGUCGGCAUGGCAGGUGGCGGUGGAGCUGUACAGGGAGGCGGGCAUCAUGGGGUUUUGGAAGGGCGUGCUGCCGUCGCUGGUGAUGGUGUCCAACCCCACGCUGCAGUACAUCCUGUACGAGUGGCUCAUGGCGCGGCUGAUCGCGUUCCGGCAGCGGGGAGCGAGCGCCGCAGGUUCCGUCCGCAAGGCCGGCCGGCUGAGCACCGGCGACGUGUUCCUGCUGACGGCGCUGGCCAAGCUGGGCGCCACGCUGGUGACCUACCCCAUGCUGCUCAUCAAGAACAGGCUGCAGGCCAUCAACAAGAACACGGCUCCCGAGGAGCGCUACACCGGCGUGUUGAAUGCGGUGGCCACCAUUGUACGGCGGGAGGGACCGGGCGCGUUCUUCAAGGGCAUGCGGCUAAAGAUGCUGCAGACCGUGCUCGCCGCCGCACUGCUCAUGUCCAUUAAGGAGCAGGUCUACGUCUCCACCAAGACCAUCAUCGCGCGGGCGCUCGCACUCAGCGGCGGCCACAUGGUGGUGGCGGCGCCCCCCGCGCUGGCGGGCCCCAUGUCGCCGCCACUCAUGGUAGACCCGGUAUCUGCUGCGGGUCCCACUGUGGCUGCAGCGGCCGCACCCAUGACCUUUACACUGGCAGUUGGGGAGCAGGCGCAGGCGCAGGUCAAGGGAUGAGGUGCGCUGAGGAGGAGGGGUCGUGGAUUGGGAUGGGGGGCUUGGCUUGGGUUCCUGCUUUCUGCAUGUAUGCGGCGCAGUGCGGUGCGAUGCACGCGGGGUGUGUGUGUGGCGUGACCUGCAUGUGACGUGGUUUGCUUGUGGCAUGGCGUGCGCAGGCGCAUAUGUGUGUGAUUUGACGGGGGAUAUCUAGGCGAUGGCCGAACCCCACGGCCUGCUCUGCUAUGCAUUGUAGUACACUUGUGUUUGUGUGUGUUAAGAAAACUGGCCGCAAGUGUGUAUGUCUGUGUUACUGGCGGCAUGUUACUGGUGUAUCCAACAUCUAACAUCCUUUGUAGUUUUGACCAACAGCUGUACUACAUGUGUUUGGUUUCGUCGUUGUCAGGAUGCGAUGUACGCCAAUUGUAUGUUUGGGUUUGUGCUGCCCUAUCCUAGUGUAGAGCUACGUUGGGUUCUCAUAGCAGCUUUCUCUUGUAGGCUAGCUGUGCGCGUUGUGGGUGACCGCCUGACCCGUGGGUCGUUUCAGCGCCCGAGCGAUAGAGCGUGGGGUUUAGGACUUGGUUGAAGGCAACACCUAGCAAUGGUUAGAAUGCGGCUGAGGGGUUGCUUUGUCGCUUGGGCAUGUUUUGGUUUCCUCCAAAGCAGAGGGCGGGGGGAGAGGCUGUCUUCGGUGCUCUCCUUAGCAGAGGACUUGGGAAGGGGUUGUACAAGUUAUUCAGUGGGCAUUCAGUGUGUAUCAGGACUUAUCACUUCCCUGGAUUCGCCUCCUGCGCUACUUGAGGAUAAUGUACUACAAGGGGCUGCACUUGGACGACGCUUGACUCUGCCAGAUAGGCACCAGGGCAGAGAUUGGACGGCAAUGCCCGGGGUCAACUUGUGGGUCUUCGGAUGUCUAGCUAUAGGUUUCGUGCUGCAUGGGCGUUGUGGGACGAAGGGCGAAUGUCGACGGGAUGGGCUUGAUGGCCAUAUCUUUAGUGGGAGGUAUGUGUUGGCGUGUCCGAUCUACCGGUCUGUAUGUGUGUGUUUUGGCCUCGAGCGCCAAAACAGGCAAGUUUUUAUAGGUAGUUCUCCCUGAUACGUACGGGGGAUGCCUUCGGGCAUAUUGGGGAACUGUAUGGUGAAGAGGCGGGCAGCGGCCUUUGGGUUUGCUUGCAUUGAGCAGGGGUCCGUCAUCGGUUACUGCAUGCGAAUAGACAGGAGCCAAGUGGGUUGCAGGAUGCAGCACGCCGUGGCUGU